GGCAGGUGACAGAAGGAGAAGGAGUUGCUCUUCAACACACACACACACACUACCGGGCGGGGGUUAUCACCACGAGCGUAACUUCUCCAAGCGACUUCUCCAUCUCACACAGUACUGCUGUUUGGAGUCUUCUUCCAGUGGCGAGCUUGGAGUGGAUUUGCGGCAAUUCGUGUCUUCCACCACUCAAAGUUGGAUGUGUUGAACGGACUUUUUGCGGGUAAAGUUUUUGUUACAGAGUAAAUCAACCGAGGAGUUCAGGAGAGAGCAGCGUAUUUCUGCAGAAUGGAGGAUGAAAUAACGGCAUCAGGUUUGUGGCGAGGAACCCUGCAGUGUGGAUGUUACCACAGGUAGAACACGCUCUGAGUUCAAGGUGUCACCGCUGUAGGAUCAUCUCUCCUCACCUAUCACCAGUUCAUGUGUUUACCUGCGCUUUACACACUAGUGCCAGCCCGUCGGAACCUCUACAAAGCCUUCGGAACCUCUACAAAUCUGCAAGGAAUCUUGGAAGGAUAAAGCUACCGCUAUUAAUCCUCCCAACCAUCAAAAGAGCGUUGGCAACAGUUUAUUACAGCUGACGUUUCUGGCCACGGGCACUUGCUAGUUAGUUUCUUGUGAAUUUUUUAUUUGUCAUUAAGUGUUUCCGCGGAUUCACGCCCACGUUUGUUAAAGGCUCUAAUUAUUUAUAGUGCUGCUGGACAUUGUAAAUAACCUCCGUCGUCUCUGAAAGAGCUCUCCUCUCCGCUGUCCCGCGCAUUCGUCGAUAACGGAUCGCCUAUGCCAGUCUUCCGACACUGAGCCGCAGGACUACCACGGUUACUGCCACCUUCCUCCAUUACACACCGUACACUAUCCCGUACAACCCCGAUUUAGCACUAACUGCUUUGGAUUGAAACCGACCUGAGCCAACGAUAUAAGUACAAGGAGUCUCUCGAGCCCACUACGGCCUUGGCACUGGAAUUAUUCCUUUAAUAAUCAUCUCACCAAAGUGGAUUAUCGUUCGUAAAGAAUUGUUUUCCGUGAGCUGAUCCAGUAACUGAUCCAGCAUGUUGUUCCUGCGGCGGCUGGUGCGUGUAUGCUGUCCCUCGGCACCGGCGGGGAGUGUGUUGGACUCCAGACAGUGUGUGUUCGCCCUCACACUGCUCACACUGCUCCUGCAGGUGGUGGUGGAGGCCAACUCAUGGUGGUCUCUAGCCAUGAACCCUCUGCUGAUCCCUGAGGCCUACAUCAUCGGUGCCCAGCCUCUGUGCAGCCAGCUGGUGGGUCUCUCCCAGGGCCAGAAGAAGCUGUGCCAGCUGUACCAGGACCACAUGCAGUAUAUUGGCGAGGGCGCCAAGACGGGCAUCAGGGAGUGUCAGUACCAGUUCAGACACCGCCGGUGGAACUGCAGCACCGUGGACAACUCCUCCGUGUUCGGACGGGUCAUGCAGAUAGGAAGCAGAGAAACAGCAUUUACGUAUGCCAUCAGCGCGGCGGGGGUGGUCAAUGCCGUGAGCAGGGCUUGCAGAGAGGGGGAGCUGUCGAGCUGCGGCUGCAGUCGUGCUGCACGUCCCAAAGACCUGCCUCGUGAUUGGCUGUGGGGCGGCUGCGGGGACAACCUGAACUAUGGCUACAGAUUCUCCAAAGAGUUUGUUGACGCGCGGGAGCGGGAGAAGAGCUAUGCCAAAGGAUCCUUCGAGAGUGCCCGGCUCAUGAUGAACCUACACAAUAACGAGGCUGGACGGAGGACGGUGUCGGACCUGGCCCAUGUCUCCUGUAAGUGCCAUGGUGUGUCGGGCUCCUGCAGUCUGAAGACGUGCUGGCUGCAGCUGGCAGACUUCCGCAAGGUGGGCGAGACCCUGAAGGAGAAGUACGACAGCGCGGCCUCCAUGAAGCUCAACUCGCGUGGCAAGCUGGUGCAGCGGGACAGCAAGUUCAACCCCCCCACCAGCCAUGACCUGGUCUACAUCGAGUCCAGCCCAGACUACUGUCUGUCCAACCAGAGCACAGGCUCCCUGGGUACUGUAGGCAGACUGUGCAAUAAGACCUCGGAGGGCAUGGAUGGCUGUGAGCUGAUGUGCUGUGGCCGGGGUUAUGACCAGUACAAGGCCCAGAUUGUGGAGCGAUGCCACUGCAAGUUCCACUGGUGCUGCUAUGUCAAGUGCAAGCGCUGCACCAAAACCGUGGACCAAUUCGUCUGCAAGUGAGGAGGAGGAGGAGGAGGAGGAUGGGAAGAGUGUGUGUUCGUGCAAGUGUGCAUGCGUGUGUGUAUCCAGAGAGGCGGAACGAAGGAGGCGAAGAGAGGAAGAAAGAAAAAUAAAAAACUAUAUAAAUUAUAUUUAUAGAGUUAAACAAUUAUACCGUUGCAGAAGAUACUUUCUGUUCCAUGUAAUAGUUCCAAAACAUGUUAUGCCUUCCGAAACCGAAAAUACAGUGAAAUAUUUAUUUUCUGAGAUUAUUUGUGCCCGAUCAUUCAAAACUAAUUUUUUAUGAAUCCCCAGGCCUGGAGACCAGCAGUCAUUCUUUUUUAAACUCUCAAUAUGACCUAUAACAAGGUUCCCCAAUAGGUGGUUCCCCGCAGGUGAUUUUAUUUGCCCCCCCCCCCCACAAGUUUUCUGAGCAAAACAAAAGACAAAUUAUAAUUUACGUUGUUGAAUUUAAGACUGUAAAAUCACUGGGAAAUCAGCGCAAAGUUAUUUUUAAUUUAGGAAAUCUAUUCCCAAGUAUUCCUACGCAUAAAUAGAGAGAAAUGUGAUUAUAUUCCAAUGUAAUCAGGGUUUGAAAUGAUUCUGUUUUUGCCAAGUACUGUAUCUUUUUUGGAUUCUUGCGGUCAAUUUGCAGUGUACAAAUUAUUUAUAACUAUGUCUGCCCCCUCGACCAUCCGCUCAAGGAAAAAUCGGCCCACGGCUGAAUGUAAUUGGGGACGACAGUCCUAUAGCUUAUAUUUGACUAGUCCAUUGGGUCACCAUGACUGUGAAACGGGAGCUUCUCUCCCGUUUCAUAACACUAUAUUAGUUAAAUGUUGUGGUUGAUGGAGAACGCUGAAUGCCCACAGUCUUAGCUGUUGAAUCUGGGGCUGCCGCUAAGAGGGGAAGGUUUACUUCCAUAUAUCUGUCUCUAUAGGGUGGUUAGACCUAAAUCAAACCUCCAUUGAACAUUGUUAAACCUGUCUCUAUAGGGUGGUUAGACCUAAAUCAAACCUCCAUUGAACAUUGUUAAACCUGUCUCUAUAGGGUGGUUAGACCUAAAUCAAACCUCCAUUGAACAUUGUUAAACCUGUCUCUAUAGGGUGGUUAGACCUAAAUCAAACCUCCAUUGAACAUUGUUAAACCUGUCUCUAUAGGGUGGUUAGACCUAAAUCAAACCUCCAUUGAACAUUGUUAAACCUGUCUCUAUAGGGUGGUUAGACCUAAGUCAAACCUCCAUUGAACAUUGUUAAACCUGUCUCUAUAGGGUGGUUAGACCUAAAUCAAACCUCCAUUGAACAUUGUUAAACCUGUCUCUAUAGGGUGGUUAGACCUAAAUCAAACCUCCAUUGAACAUUGUUAAACCUGUCUCUAUAGGGUGGUUAGACCUAAAUCAAACCUCCAUUGAACAUUGUUAAACCUGUCUCUAUAGGGUGGUUAGACCUAAAUCAAACCUCCAUUGAACAUUGUUAAACCUGUCUCUAUAGGUAGUCAUUGGCCCCAUCCUAAACCCUAACCCUAGUCCCUUAUGUUGCCUCUGUCUAAACCAAACAAGGGCCUAGGAAAGUGGGAGUGAUUUGGGUUGGGGUUAGUUCCAUCCUGUAAUGUAUCCCACAAGGCCUAGAUCUUCCCAGGUGUCCCAGCUAGUCCUCCCAAACACACUCAGCAUAUGCACUUUGACCCCGAGGCCUUACCCCGUCUGUAUGAUUUGUUUGUUUUGAGCUACAGUGUCUGUAAUAUACCAUAUUAUAGUCUACUUUCUCCAUAUUAAAACCCAUAUCCACUUAACAUAUAACAUGCUACUUUCAUGGUUUAAAUAUACAGUAUAUGGGCAAUGUUGUGGUUAUGAUGGUGAAAUCCCACAUGUUCUAUAUGGUAUAUACUAGGUCUAACCAACCAAUCACUUAUUAAAUUGUAUUUAUUUUCUUUUAUCCAAAUCUCUUAAGCUUCCAGAUAGCGCUGUGGGUUUUUUCUAUUUCAAUAAAUGCAUUUAAAUCCUACACUUUGUUACAUACAAUAUUUUCAGGUUACUUAUCAUUUGUUUUCACAUUUUUAAGGACAUGUUACCGAUUUAAAUUGGUUCCGCGGCAUUGUUCUUGUAAAGGGAAUUGCCCCUUGUUCUAAAACACCUGUUCAUUGUGUUACCCCUGUCCAAGCCUUCACAGACGGUUCUAGCCUUCGCUUGUUGCCACAAACUUGUUAAUACCCCUCAGCUCCUCCACACUAGCCCUGUGAUCAUCUUCAUUAAAACAUUGUUGCUAUAUGUUAUCAAUCCAAACUGUAUAUUUAUUCUCUUCGCAAUUAAUUGAGAUUUGCAAAAUAUAUUUCUUAUAGCUGUUAUUUUGUUUUGUUUCUUUUUUUAAAUUGGAUCGAUGUGCUACUUUGUUUCAAUAAAUAUUCUACGUAAACCUGC